CUAGAACAAAUGAUCUUAAAUUAUACUACCAUCACUGCAGCACUUACUGUACAAGCUGCAUCAACUGACCCAUGUAAAUCUAGAGUACCAUGUCGAAGGGUAAAUUCUCAAAGAAAUCCUGGUAUUACUUGUUUCAGGUGUGGUGAACAUAGUUACUAUGCUAUGGAUUGUAAUAUUAAUUUCACCGAAGCUGAGUAUGAUAGUGGAAUAGAGGAAGAGGAAAUUUAUACAGCUCGACAUCAAUCAUAUU